AUGUUGAAAGAGAGAAGAACUCAAGUUGCCAUAACGACAGGCGUCAUGCAAAGCUAUGCCGAUCUACUCCCGGAAAUUCUUUUUGAUAGGACCACAGAAAGACCAGUAAGAAUAUUGGAUAAUGUCCAAAUUUUUUCAAUCGUUAACAAGAUCAUCGAUCUCAUUACUGAAACAGUUGCUCAAGGAAGCCCGCAACAUUCAAAUCAAGAACUCAGCGAAUCUCGUCUCAGAAUAGUGUCUCAAUGUCUGAUUUGGAUAAACAAAAUAUAUAUGUUCUAUCAUUCCGAACGAAUAGAUCGAAACAAAACCAGUUGGAUUCGUGAUGUUAUAAAGGCGGUGAAUCCGAAAAAAAUGCCUAAAACUGAUGACAGCUGGGGUGUUCUUUUGUGUCGCUUCCGAAUAGGCAUCAGCUUGAUACAAUUUUGCGAUGAAAAUCAUGUCGCAAGAGUGUUGACUCGAACCCAUAUGAAACUGAUCAACCGAAGUGGAUUCAAUGAGCAAUUCGCUAAAUUUGCUUGGUUCGCAAUUGAUCCGGUGAUGUCAAAAUUUAAUUUCUUUGCUAUCGACGCGCUUUAUUCGCUUCACACCAAAAUUCCAAUGGGAGAAACCAGCUAUGUCGAAAAGAUGAUUUAUGAUGAACUCGAUUCGGACGAUUCUGAGGCCCGCGAAAAAGCAAAAGAGAAGUUUUUGACAUUGAUUGAAAUGAAGCCACCCGGUGAAAUCCUGCGACCAUUUGCAGAUUGUUCAUUUCACACCUGCACUAAUGAUCUUGAUUUUCAUAUGUAG